UUCACUCUCCUGCCUAUAAUAAGCAACAAAGUGUGCGUAUAUUCACUCAAACAGCCCAGCAUUUAUCUCUCAACAGGCUUCUGUCAGCCAUCAGUUGUUAGGACCAGAAUCUGCCACCUCAUCAUCUCAUGCUGGCAGCCCAAAUACAGCUCACAGGCACUCUGCAUCCGCUAAAAAUAAAUGCAAAGCCUCUUAAGUUCAAACCACGUAAGUUGCUCCCCCUCAGUGCCGCCGACCAACAAGGACGUAAAGGCACUUAGCUUUACUUAGUACAUCCCAGAAGGACAGCGGUCCUCUUACUGCUGCGGGAGGCCCAGGUGGGAAGGAUGUUCAAGAUGCAGGCGCCCGAGGGGCCCCUGCAGACGCACCAGCUGUGGCGUUGGAGACGGUCGGGCCCGGCUGCCCGCGGCGCAGGAGGCCUCUGACAUGGGCGAGCUGCUGGGACUGAACAGCCUGGUGGCCAACACGGCCUACCUGACGGCUCAGCACGUCGACCGGGACGAGCUGAGGAAACUCAGGCCCCCGCCGACGCUGCCCAAACCCAAGAUGUCCUCCGCCCUGCGGACGGCGGUGGGGAGGAAGUACGAGUCGCUGUGUGAGCGUCAGCCCAUCGGGAGGAAGCUGUUCCAGCAGUUCCUCCGGGCCUGCAACCCGCAGUACAGGGUCGCCGCCGAGUUCCUGGAGGAGCUGAGUGACUGGUGCUUCGCCGAAGACGACGCCAGAGAGGCGGCCAUGCAGAGGAUCCUCGCCAAGUUCUGUCAGCCUGAGUCCGCCAGCUUUCUCUCGUAUCUGACGGGAGAGGCAGCUGAAAGAUGCCGGAGCCUGUCGGACAAAGACUUCGAAGUGACGUCCGGCCAGAUGAGGGAAGACACUCGAGACUUCCUGAGGGGGAAGCCUUUCUCCGAGUAUCUGAAUAGCCCCUUUUUUUAUAGGUUCUUGCAGUGGAAGGAGUACGAGAAGCAGAAGAUCAGCGACAGAUACUUUCAUGAGUUCAGGACUUUGGGAAAAGGUGGCUUUGGCGCGGUGUGUGCGGUGCAGGUGAAGCAGACAGGCCAGAUGUACGCCUGCAAGAAGCUGAACAAGAAGUGCUUGAAGAAGGAAUCUGGCGAAGAGCUGGCCCUCGUGGAGAAGCAGAUCCUGGAGAAGGUCAACAGCCUCUUCAUUGUGAACCUGGCUUACGCUUACGACAACAAGACCCACCUGUGCAUGGUCAUGGACCUCAUGAACGGCGGGGACCUCGGGUUCCACAUCUACGAGCUCGGGGAGCGGGGUAUCCGAAUGGAGCGCAUCGUUUACUACGUGGCCCAGAUAACCACGGGGAUUCUCCACCUGCACUCCAUGGACAUCGUGUACCGCGACAUGAAGCCCGACAACGUGCUGCUGGACGCCCGGGGGCAGUGCCGGCUCUCGGACUUCGGACUGGCCGUGGAGCUGCCGAAAGGCAAAACGGUGUGCCAGAAGGCUGGUACGACCGGCUACAUGGCCCCCGAGAUUCUGAGGCAGGAUUACUACCGCACGUCCGUGGACUGGUGGGCCGUGGGCUGCAGCAUCUACGAGAUGGUGGCCGCCCGCCUGCCUUUCAAGGACUACCGAGAAAAGGUGCAGAACGAGGAGGUGACUCGUCGCACCCUGGAGGACGAGUGCCGGUUUGAACACAAACACUUUGAUGCCCCCACCCAAGACAUCGUCCGCCGCUUCCUCAAGAAGAGGCAGGCGCAUCGCCUCGGGUGCCGCAGCGGCGACGACCCGCGAAACCACGCGUUUUUCAAGAGCAUCAACUUCCGCCGCCUGGAGGCCGGCCUGCUGGAGCCGCCGUGGACGCCGAAAGCUCACGUGGUGUACGCCAACGACACGGACGCGUUCGGCGACGUCUCCGAGGUCGAGGACAUUGAGUUUGAGGCCAAAGACGAGAAAUUCUACAAGCGGUUCAGCACGGGCGCGGUGCCCAUCCGCUGGCAGGCGGAGAUGAUCGACACCGGGGUGUUCGACGAACUGGACCCGCCCCGACUGAACGGCCACAGCGGCGACGCGGCGUGGGAAUCCAGGACGUGCGUUGUGUUGUAGCUCCCUGGAUCCGCUCGCCGGCAGCGCACAACUGGGCUAAAAACAACAACGGCACACGAGUGAUCCGAGAUUCGGGUUCCUUUGACGCCACCAAAGUGCCUGGUGUGAUGAAAAGCUCGGGACCUUUCGCUCACACGUUCACUCGCCUUUUACCCUGAUGCGUUUCCUCCUGCCUGUGUGUUGGUGCCCGGAUGGAAACACACGCUGACAUCGCAACUGCUGCUAAAUAGUUUGCCCUCAAUUUCUGGUGAGGAAGCAUGCGCAGUUUCCAUUACGUCACCCAGGAAAUUUGGCAGCCGAGGGUUUCACACGUGUCGGUGAACGAGCUGCAUAAUGGCUGCGUGUCAACAAACAAGCAGCGUGAUUGUUAUUAUAAGUGUUUGCAAAAAAAUGUGCCACGUCGGUUUGGACGGACGUGAAUCCCACGGAGGCCUUUGACUCGCGUGAGUCGGUGGUGAAACGUGAGGGUCUCCCAGUAGCAGGCGUCCACCACCAAGUGCCGCCAGACUCCCACAA